AUGAGUCUGGCAUCUUUCGCUCGUACUGCUCGCAUCGCCUCUUCAGCCUCUGCUCGUCGAACAUUUACGUCAACGUCUUUGAACAGAUUCCACUCUUCGCCAGUCACAAUGGGUGUUAAGCAGCUCAAGAACAAAACCGAAUUCGACGCCGCCAUCUCCGGCACCGACAAACUCGUCGUCGUCGACGCCUUCGCCGAAUGGUGCGGCCCUUGCAAAGCCAUUGCUCCCAAAGUCCACGCCUGGAGCGAGGAACACACCGACGUCGACUUUGUCAAGUUUGACGUCGACGAGAGCCCCGACGUUGCACAAGAACUCGGUAUCCGCGCCAUGCCUACUUUCCUUUUCUUCAAGAAUGGACAGAAGAUCACCGAGGUUGUGGGUGUGAACCCACCUGCUUUGGAGGCUGCUAUCAAGAACAACAAAUAA